AUGGAACCUGAGAAUGAUUGUGCUUGGAAGCCAAAACAUGGAAUGACAUUUGAUUCUGAACAAAGUGUGUAUGAUUUUUAUAAUACAUAUGGAGGAAGAAUCAGGUUUAGCAUAAGAAGGGAUUUUUGUAGGAAGAACAAGUUCACUAACCAACUUAUUUGUAGACUUUUGGUUUGCAACAAAGAGGGAUUUUGGAAGGUUGACAAACGAGACCCAUUGACAAAAAACUCUAGAGCUGAAACUAGGACCGGUUGUGAGGCUCGACUUUAUGUUAAAUUAGAUGAGGGUAUUGGGAAAUUUGUUGUGACUGAUUUCAAAGAAAAACAUAACCAUGAUCUUGUAUCACCCGAGUGUGCCCACAUGUUGCCGUCACAAAGAAAGAUAUCGACUACCCAAGGAAUUGAGUUAGAUUUGGCGGCACAAUCUGGUCUUCGUUUAGGCCAGUCUUUUGAACUCAUGGGUAAGGAAGCUGGUGGGAGGCAAUGUCUUGGGUUUACAAAAUUAGAUCAAAAAAAUUAUUUGAGAACCAAAAGAAAACAAAGUUUAGCAUAUGGGGAAGUAGGCAAUGUGUUGCAAUACUUUAAAGAAAAAUCUUUGCAGGAUCCUUCCUUCUUUUAUGCUUUUCAAUUAGAUAAUGAGGAGCAAAUAACCAAUAUGUUUUGGGCCGAUGCAUAA